AUGGCUGCCAGACUAACUUCCUCCGUGCCACGGACCCUUGCAACGUCAUUCUACAAUGCUGCUCCUGGUUUUCACGCCGUUACUAGACCUAAGCAGCAUGAUCAGUCGAUCGCGGAGCUCUUCGUUUUGCCACCACGUCGCGUCGCAGACGACAUGAUGGAAAAGUACUGGAACGAAGUAUACCUCCUCUAUCCUUUUCUCAUGCGGGAGCGCUUCAUGCCGGCCUAUCAAAGAAUCUGGACGGGUGCAGACCGAGAGACUGACCAGAGAUUGCUGUAUUGUAUUUUGAACCUGAUCUUUGCAAUCUGUUGCCAGAUCAGCAAGAGGGAGUCUCCAAGCGAAAAGGCUGCUGCUGCCGAGGUGUUUUACAAAAGGGCGUCAAACCUGUUGCAGGUCAAUCUAAUAAGCAGCGGCUCCCUGGAGCUCGUACAGGCCCUUCUUCUCAUGGGUCAAUAUCUACAGAGCACCGAAUGGCCGCAUAGAUGCUGGGUUGCCAUUGGUUUGGCCAUCCGCAUCAGUCAGGGCUCUGGUCUACACCUUCGACGGACCACAAUGAAUGUUGCGCAGAUCGACCGAGAGCUGGCGCGUCGGGCGUGGCAUGGGUGUGUCUUUAUGGACCGGAUGGUGUCAAUGACCUUGGGCCGUCCGAUGAUGAUAUCCCGAACGGACGCUUCGGUUGUGCCUUUCCCGGAAGCUAUCGACGACCAAUACCUGUCUCUGGAGAUAGGACAAGAUCAUUCACAACCUCAAGGCCAAGUCUCGAUCAUCGAGUUCUACGUCCAAUCGUUGAAACUCUACAUCAUCACCGAGGAGAUAUUGUCGGUCAUGUAUCCUCACGAAGACGCCGCCUCUUCCCCAACACGGGCUUCUUCUGCUCUGGAAAAGCUCGCGAGCCUCGACUUCAACACAAUCUUGAGGAUCGAUUCGGCCAUCACCAAUUGGUACAAGGCAGUCCCAAACGAACUCAAGAUCCAUAGCGACUCUUUGCCGGAGCCCCACAAAGCUGCCCAUGCAAGGCAGGCAAAUAUCCUGCGGCUUCGCUGUCUCCAGGUCCAGAUCCUCUUGUUCCGUCCCAUCCUUUCGCUUCUGCUGGCUCAGGAGAUCAGAAGCAAGGCAAUCUGUCUACCGACAGCAGAGUUAUGGUUGCCGCUCUCGAUGGGGCUGAUUUGUGUGAGGAAAUGCAUGCGCAAUGCACUCGAAAUGAUCAGCAUCAUCUACGAGAAACAGAUUAACCCGAGGUCCAAUGACAUUGAGCUCCUUCCAGCAUGGUGGUUCCAGGUUUUCUUCAUCUAUACUGCCGCCACAGCCCUAAUACCGGCACGCGUCUAUAGCUACAUCCGCGGCGACAUCUCGCAGACAUCGCUGACCGAAGCGUGGCGACGCUCACUCGAAGUCCUGCGCCGCCUUUCUCCCCUGAGUCCCACUGCAACGCGGUGUCUGGCUGCACUCGAGCUCCUCGACGAAGAAGUGGUUGCAGAUGAGAUGCCCAACAACGGCCCCAAUCCGACCUCCAGCAAACACGACGGGGAUGAUGAACGUGCACUUGACAACUCACCCCAUCCACUCGACCUUCGCGCCGGCCGGCUGCACGAAGACAACACAGUACAGCGAAGUAGCUGCAACAACAACACCCUCGGCUCACAAGGUGAGGGCAGCACCACGAUAGUCGCGCCAGCUUGGAGCGGACCGAGCGGUCACAGGACCCCCCAGUCACAGACACUGUCCGAGCUUGCCGUUCCUUUCCGAAUGGUCCAACAGCCACAACAUCAAUACAAUACCCAAGUAGAUUCAUUCGGACGAAUGCUACAGAUGCAGGAUUUCAGCUGGCUGGAUUCCCUCCCUGCAGACCUCUUGGCAGGGGGCUACGAGGACUUGCCGGAGCUUUUUUCCCAAUGA